AUGGCGCUCUACGGGGCGCCCGUUUGGUCGGACACUCUGACUGCUCUGGCUCGGGCCCUGUUGCGAAAACCGCAGAGGGUCAUGGCAGUGAGAGUGAUACGGGGGUAUCGCACCAUAUCGUGCGAGGCAGCCUGUGUAUUGGCGGGGACCCCGCCAUGGGAUUUAGACGCCGAAAUGCUCUCGAGCGCACACUGGCGGAGGGUGGAUGCCCGGCUGAGGGGGGAGCACCCUGCGCCAGUGAGUGAUCGUGCGUGGCGGUCGACGGCGGAGGCCCAUCUCGUCGCUCAUUGGCGGGAGCGGCUUCUUGCCCCAACGGCCAGCCACCGUACGAUCGAGGCGAUCCAGCCCGUCCUCGAGCUCUGGACGGGCCGGAAGCACGGCUCUCUGUCUUUCCACCUUGUGCAGAUCCUCUCCGUCGCCGAAGAGCGGGUCGCAGGCGACGUGCUCACGAACGCCACCUGCCACCCUAACGAGGAGCCUCGGGCGACUGAUUGA